UACAUGUAUUGGCUGUUGGUGUGCUUAGCAAAGAAUAAAAAUGUCAAAGAGUCGUUUAUUCAAACACCUUUCGUACACUCUGAACAGAUCCUCACUCUUCGUCUCUCCUCUCUCUAAUUUCAAACCCAAAUGCCAAUUCCAAUCUCAGUCAACAAAUUCACCAUUCUUCUUCCAAAAACUCAAUACUACUCGCCCCUUGCCUUCCUCUAAUUCUUCCUCUUCCAUAGCUGCUCACACUUCUUCUUCUUCUUCGUAUCUUUGUGUUCGCAUUCGCUGUCCUGGUCAACAUGUUGCUGAUAUGUUAUCAGAAGCACUUUUAUGCUUUGGUGCAAGCUCUGUCAGUAUUGAUCAACCAGAUGAUGAUGAUGAUGAUGAAUUUGAUAGCUCUAAUGAGAUUUGUAUGGACUCGAUAUUUACUGAAUGUCAAGAUGUGGAUGCAUGCGUUUCACAAGCUGCUGAUUCUAUAGGGUUAAAGGAGAUACCAAAUUAUGAGAUUAAAAAAGGCGAGCAGUAUGACUGGGUUCGGAAAUCCCAGGAAUCAUUUUUUCCUGUUCAGGUUACUGAAGGACUUUGGAUCGUACCUGAGUGGAGAACAGCCCCAAAUAUUAGUGCAACAAAUAUAAUUCUGAAUCCUGGAUUAGCAUUUGGAACCGGGGAGCACCCUACAACUAAAUUAUGUCUAUUGCUACUGAAAGGCUUGAUAAGAGGAGGAGAGCUUUUCUUAGACUAUGGCACAGGCUCUGGAAUUCUUGCAAUCGCAGCCCUUAAGUUUGGUGCAGCACGGUCAGUUGGAGUUGAUAUAGAUCCCCAAGCUAUCACAUCGGCACGCCAUAAUUCUGCUCUAAACAAUAUAGAACGUGAGACGAUGGAUUUAGUCCUAGUACCCGGCAAUACCAGCUCUACCUUGAUGGAGAACAGGACAAAUGCGAGAGAUGGUUCUUCUGAUCAUGGGAUGGAAUUUAUCGCCGAAGCAGGAAAAUUCGAUGUGGUCGUCGCUAAUAUCCUUUUAAAUCCUCUGUUGGAAUUGGCAGAUCAUAUCGUUUCCCAUGCUAAACCCAGUGCAGUUGUUGCUGUGUCUGGUAUUAUAUCUGAGCAGGUAUCGGAUAUCAUGGAUCGAUAUUCAGUGCUGUUGGAAGACAUAUCAGUGUCAGAGAUGGAUGGUUGGGCCAUUGUUAGUGGAAGAAAACGCAAUUCGGACGAUGUAUAAAGUAUAGAUGUAACUAUAAGCAAAUGCAUUCAGUGGCGCAAAUUAACAAUUAUUUGAUCCUGAUGAGGAACAAUUUUUGCUUAUGCAAACCUAACAGGCUCUCUAAGCAAAUUCCCAAUUGAUGUUCAUUUUCGUUUUGCAACUAGGAAUGUGUAAAUUAUGUAAUUUAGCAUCCUGAGAAACGACUGUAAUUUAUCUUUUUUUGCCAUCAUUGGAAAGGGAAGAUUUUUAGAGCUUGGAGGAGAA